AUGCGUAGUAAAAGUGCUCGUCCAUCUUUCGUUGUCAUUGAUUUAUCUGCCGCAUUAAUCAAUAGUGUACUUGCUUCAUUCAAUGUCGAGAAUAUCCACAGCUAUUUACGUCGAUGUUACAAUACAAUUGAUCGUGCUUAUGACACCAAGCAAUUACAAAAUAUGACAUUUCUACGAUUAUGUUGUUCUCAUGCAAUGAAGGCCUUUUCAUGUAGCCUUUUGAAAUUAAAUGUAUCCAAAGAUAAUCGUCAUACUUUAAUGUCACUUUUUGCCGUACUCUUAAAUUCGACAAAUUUCUAUGGUGCAUUAAGUUUAUAUGUACAGAUUAUCUUAAUUUAUGGCGAUCCAAAUAGCGCCACCCCUGAUGGUGAUUGA